UGGAGAGGAGAUCCCAUGGAGAGAAGAAGGUGCUUUGUGGUGAGGCUGCGCCCUGAUCCUGCAUAAGGAGCCGGGGUUUAUUUAAAUCGGGGUAGCAGGGAAAUCCGGUAUCUUUCUCGGCUGUGAAGGUCUCCGUUUCCUCGCUUCUUUGGCCAGCUUUUUCCUUAAGGCGGCAUCUGACCGAGGAGGGAAAGGGACACGUUUUUCAGCAAUGUCGGAGGCUCCCUUGGAUCAUGCGCUGAAGGUGGAAGAGGCAGAAUUGGCUGGUCCAGUGGCAGGGAGAGGCUUCCACGCCAUCCGAGCCGCAGGCAGCAAAGGAUGCUGGGAAAGCACCCGGCAAAAGGCCCUGGGCGAGGAGGACCCACUCAGCUCAGAUGCUCGGCGCCAACGUUUCAGGCACUUUCGCUACCAGGAGGCCGAGGAACCCAGAAAGGUUUGCAGCCGACUCCACCAUCUCUGCCGUCAGUGGCUGAACCCGGAGAGAUACACGAAAGCUCAGAUGCUAGACCUGGUGAUCCUGGAGCAGUUCCUGGCUGUCCUUCCCCCGGAGAUGGAGAACUGGGUGAGGGAAUGUGGAGCAGAGACCAGUUCCCAGGCGGUGGCCCUGGCUGAAGGUUUCCUCCUGAGCCGGGCAGAGGACCAGAAUCUGGGCCUGUUUGAAGCACUGGCAGUUUCUGAGGCAAAAGAGGCUCCAUUGAUGCUGGAAAGAUCAUCUCUUUGUGCUGGAGCUACUUCUCAGCAUACAGAUCAAGUUCUGGUGACGCUCGAGGAGGUGGCUGUACGUUUCACCAAGGAGGAGUGGGACCUGCUGGAUACGAGCCAAAGAACCCUGCACAGGGAAGUCAUGGAGGAGAACGGUGGCAUCGUGGCCUUUUUGGGAGAUGAAAGAGCCAAGUGUAAAGAGAGGGGACAGCAGGGGAGAAAACCAGAAGGAAAACCGGAGACGAGGAGGGAAAAACCCUCUUCCUCCCAAAGGGGCGAUGUUGCUGAAAUCCCAGUGGGAGAGGAAAUAGAGGACGGAAAAGAAAGCGGCCAGUGCUCUUUGUGCGAGGACAGUUUCGUCUGCACGGCAAGCGACGCGGGGGGAAAGCUCUUCGAAUGCAUCAACUGCAGCAAGAGCUUUUCCAAAAAUUCCUACCUUCGGAAACACCUCCGUAUCCACACAGGGCAGAAGCCGUACAAAUGCGCCGAGUGCGGAAAGAGCUUCAGCCAGAGGACAGACCUCAAGAGACACCAGUGGAUCCAUACGGUGGAGAAGCCGUAUAAAUGUCUCGAGUGCGAAAAAAGCUUCACCCAGAAGAGGAGCCUCAGUACACAUCAGAUGAAUCACAGAGGGGAGAAGCCCUUUAAAUGCCCCGAGUGUGGGAAAAACUUUGCUCAGAAAAAUUACCUCACGAUACACCAGCUGACUCACAGGGAGGAGAAGCCGUAUAGAUGCUUGGAGUGCGGAAAGAGCUUUGGCCAGCUCAAAGAUCUCAACAGACAUAGGCGGGUUCAUUUUGGGGAGAAGCCGUAUAAAUGCCUGGCGUGCGGCCAGGGCUUUUGGUACGAAGGCCACCUUAAAAACCACUUCCGAAUUCACACUGGGGAGAAACCGUACACGUGUUUGGAGUGCGGAAAGAGCUUUAUUCGGAAAACUGACCUCAACAGGCAUCAGAGGAGUCACACCGGGGCAAAGCCGUAUCAAUGCUUGGAGUGUGGGAAAAACUUCACAGAGAAGAAGAACCUCAGUUUACACCAGAUGAAGCACAGAGGCCAGAAACCAUUUAAAUGCCCGGAGUGCGGGAAAAGCUUUACUCAGAAAAAUUACCUCACUGUGCACCAACUGACUCACAGAGGGGAGACGCCGUAUAAAUGCUUGGAGUGCGGCAAGAGCUUCACCAGGAACACUAGCCUUAGCUGUCAUCAGAGAAUCCACACUGGGGAGAAGCCGUACGAAUGCCUGGAGUGCGGAAAGAGAUUUGCUUGGAGGAAAAGCUUAAGUUGCCAUCAAACCAUUCACACGGGAGAAACUGUGGAAAUGUCUAGAGAGCUUUAUUCGGAACAGAAACCCGGCCACGUCUCAAAUCAAUUACAAAUGGCGAAAUCCUAUCAGUACCCAGAUCGUCCCAUGAGCUGUGAAGAAACUGGAGAAGAAAAAAUGUCCAUCUCAAUUUUUCUGUGCCAACUCCUGGCUGUCCUCCUCACAGAGAUGGAGAACUGGGUGAGGGAACAUGGAGCAGAGACUGGUUCCCAGGCGGUGGCCCUGGCCAAAGGUUUCCUCUCGAGCCGAGCAGAAGAUGUGAAGCAGGAGGAGGAACAGCAGGGACUAUUUGCAGAAGAAGCCGUGAACUUUCCUGAGGCAGAGGACCCAUCAGACCCCAGGCAGAUACCUCUCUCCAAGUGGUGGAUCAAGCAGGAGGAAGACGAAGGUGCUCCUUCGUUGGGAGAAGGACUGAGGAUUAUUGUGGUGUGUCCUCCCUCGCCUCUUCCUGAUGGCGUAGUGGAAGCACCUUCUGUGCCUCUGGAACAGGUGAAAUUUGAGGAUGUGGCUGUAUGCUUCACCGCGGAGGAAUGGAGCUCGCUGGAUCCGGACCAAAGGGCCCUGCACAGGGAAGUCAUGGAGGAGAACUGGAAAAUGGUGACCUCCCUGGGACAGCAAGGCUUGGCUGCCCACGAAGCAGCAGUGCAGGCUGGGAGCAGUGAGGAACUCUGGGAAAAGACUGUGCAAAAGCUCAUAGGAGCAGGGAGUCAGGACGAAGGGGAACGCAGCGUGGCAUUGUUGCCAAGAGCCCGACGCAAAGAGGGGAGAGAGCUGAGGAGGAAAGCAGAAGCUAAACAGAAGAGCAAGGAGUCGUCCACCCGUCGAGGCAGCGGCACCUGCGAAAUCCCUGCCGAAGAGAAACAGGACAAGAGGAAGGAAAGGUGUCCCGUGUGCGGCAAAAUGUUCAAAUGGAAAUCGAGCCUCGAUGCCCAUUCCAAAGUCCACACUGGGGAGAAGCCGUUCAAAUGCCUGGAGUGUGGGAAGGGCUUCAGCCGAAGCUCCAGCGUGACGUCGCACGAGAAGAUCCACAGAGGGGAGAAGCCUUACGAGUGCGCCGAGUGCGGGAAGAGCUUCAUUCGCCGAGACUCCCUCAUUUCGCACCAGAGGAUCCACACAGGGGAGAAGCCGUAUAAGUGUCUGGAGUGUGGGAGGAGGUUCAACCGGAAAGGGAGCCUUAUUUUCCACCAGAGAAUCCACGCGAGGGACAAGCCCUACAAGUGCUCGGAGUGUGGCAAGAGCUACUGCAGGAACUCGAGCCUCAUCUCUCACCGGAGAAUCCACACCGGGGAGAAGCCGUUUCAGUGCCUGGAGUGUGGACAGAGUUUCCGAGAGAAGAAAAGCCUGACCGCUCAUCAGGGAACUCACACGGGGGAAAAGCCCUUCAAGUGCUUCGAGUGCGGGCAGAGCUUCAACAGCAAGGGGAACCUCAAUUUGCACCAGCGGAUCCACACCGGGGAGAAGCCUUUCCGGUGCCUGGAGUGCGGGCAGAGCUUCAUCCGGAAAGGCGCCCUCAUCUCGCACCAGAGCAUCCACACCGAGGAGAAGCCCUUCAAAUGCUCCGAGUGCGGCAAGUGCUUCCGGAAGAACUCUAACCUCAUUUCCCACCAGAGCAUCCACACGGGCGAGAAGCGCUUCCAGUGCUUCGAGUGCGGGAGGAGCUUCACGCGGAGAGGGACGCUCAAUUUGCACCAGCUUCUCCACACCGGCGAGAAGCCCUUCAAAUGCCUGGAGUGCGGGAAGAGCUUCAUUGUGAAAGGGUCUCUCAUUUCGCACCAAAGGAUCCACACUGGGGAGAAGCCCUUCCAGUGCCAGGAGUGCGGGAAGAGCUUCAUGAGGAGGGACUCCCUCAUCUCGCACCAGAAUAUCCACACGGGAGAGAAGCCCUACACGUGCCCGGAGUGCGGGAAGAGCUUCCGCCAGAAGAGCAACCUCACCGCUCAUGAGGGAACCCAUACCGGGGAGAAACCUUACAGCUGCCUGGAGUGUGGGAAGAGCUUCCGGAGGAACGAGAGCCUGAAAAAGCACCAGAGGCUGCAUCUGGAACAGCUGCCUUGGAACAUGGAAAUAUCUCCCAUGACGGCUCCGGUCCACAGGGGAGGAACCAUCCAAAUGCUUCGAAUGUGGGACGAGCUUCAGCCAGAAUAUAAGGAUCACGUCACACUGAAGAAUCCACCCACGGGGAAAUCCUAGAAGUGCACACAGCAUAAGGGGAAAAUGCCAAUCUUAUUUAGAUUUCUGUUUGGCAGGGGGUUGGACUAGAUGACCCCUGGGUCCCAGCUCUACAGUUCUAUGACUCUGUGAUUUUGCGAUUCACAUCUGAAGGAAGCAUAUGUAACAAAGUAGAUUAGAGCAGUCGAUGAAGUAGGUUAGAGGAGAAUCCCCACCCCCCAUGGACCACUUGAUCAUUGCUGAUGGUCUCAACAAAACUAUUUAAUUAUUCCCCUCCCCCUGCCCGUUGUAGCAUUUGGAACACACUGUGCUAGGUGCUGUAUGAUUUUAAGUUGCAUUUUAAAUGCUGUUUCAUAGAUCCAAUUUGCAUUUGGAUCGCAAUAAAAGACAAUAUAAGAUAUAAAAGAAGCAAUGAAAAAUACAGCUAAAAAUCAAUAUGAAUAUUUAACACGGAUGUGCCAUGGAAUACCUGAAUGAAGCUUGUGGACCUCUGGGAACCCCUGGAAUAGAGCUCUAGUGAUCAGUUGGAUGUUUGCAGCCAACAGAGAAUCUACAUGUGAGACUGAUGUUCAAAUACCUACGAACCCUGUAUUGUACUUAGGGGAAUGAAUAGAGUCAGAAUCUUACAAAGUGUAGUGUUUUGAGUAAGCAUUUAACCUUGUUUCCUUUUGUGAAUGAACUAUCACUCCUAGUGACCUAGAGCGGCCACCGCCAUGGGGGCUGUGGACUCAAAUGAGAAUUUGGGAUGCUUCAGUGGGGUGGGGUGGGGGGAGAUGACUAGAUGGGGCAGCGAUAGUGGCUCAUAAAGCUACGAUUGAGGCACAGAGGGAGAAAUGGAUUCCCUCUCUCAUUUUAUGAGAACUCAAGUUUACCUAGUGAAAACAAACGGCGAUGUUUAGUGAGAGACAAAAAGGACGAUAAGGACCUUCAUCUUACGCAUUGAUAUGUUGUGGUUAGUUAGUUAACUGCUUCACUUUUUUGUGAAUGAACCAUUUUGUGGCUGGCGCCCAUGACAGCUUCAUCAAAAUUCCAAGGGUAUUCAUUGGCCAAAUAAUAAUAAUAAAGGUUAUUUAUCAAUCCAACCCUACGAGAGGCAUUUAUCAAGAGUUGGAGGCCACAAUCCUGCCAGCCAAGCAAACACACUCAAGGAGAAUGAGAAGCAAGGCCAUUGAAAAGUAUAGGUCCCUGUAUACACCUGGGAAUAUAACUGCCUCGAACUCCCGGGGAGUUUACUUCCAAGUCAACAUCUUCCAAUGGACUUGUAUUUAGUGCGACUUUAAAUUGGAUGAUUCCUCACCCCACCCCAUUAUGCUUUUUAUUUUUAUUUUGCAAGGAUCGACCACGUAGCCCUUUUAAAGUAGAGAUCUUUAUCCCAGUCUGCAUCUGUAUUAGAUUUGAAACUCAUAUAUGGUUUUCUCCUUGAUGCCUCGUAGGAAGUGAUUCAUAAAGUAAAGUGAAUAAAGUCCUAUCCAUUGUUGAACAAAGGGGCAUGAAUUCCUGAAAUGCACUCCCCCCCCCUCUUUCCAUGACAGAUCACUUGGCGUUUCUGGAACUGGUUCUGUCUGUAUCCCUGUAAGAAAAGAGUUUGGACCCACUGUGCAUCUGAUGAUGUCGCCGGGCACAAUUGUGACAUCAUAUGAUAAGACAGGUGGGUGCUGCCACUCACCUGCCAAAGUUCAUCUGCAAAGCCUGGGAUUGGUGGGGUGCUGAGCUCAAACAAUAGCUCUCCUACUGACAGAGAGCCUCAUAUGCAAAGGAGUUACAGACCUCAUGCACACUUGCCCUCUUCCUGGCUUUGCAGAGAAGGGAAGAGGACUUUCUCUGCUCCCUGAUUUGGGGGUCUCCCCACGCAUGAGCUGAGCAGACCCUCUAUGCAUCCUCCCUGGGACUUUCCCCCUUCCCAAUAUACCCUAUGGGGAAGAGAGAGGAGACUUGCCAGA